UCUGCAGGAUUGCAACAUUGUUAUGCAGCCAAUAUUGCAGUGCCUUGUGCUUUUCGAAUCCAGACAGGGUUGAUUCAGCCCUUUAUUCUUUUGAGGUAGAUAAAUUUGAGUGUCACACAGUUUAUAGUUGUGGGCUGGCUGGCAAGAGGGAGGGCAGAUACUGUGGGCAUAACAUGUCUAUAAAUAUGCAGCUGUAGUAAGUAAGGGAUGAGUGGGUUUCUAAGGGUCAGGUUUUAAGGUAUCUUUUGAAAUCAAGACUUGAUCUGUGAGAAUAACAAAGGUCCUUUUUCCUGUGGGAUUUUAACGUUGGGGGUGGAUGGGAGAAAUCUGCUUUGAUCUGAAUGACUAUUGGCUUAAUACCUACACAGACUGAACAAAACUUGACCAGUGACAGAUUAGCAUAUUCUUGACAUCUUUGCAAUUUUAGCAAUAUGUUCUAAUGGUGAAAUAAAACAUUUUAUAGUUUCACUGAAACAAGUGAAACACAAGUAUCCUAUGCCUUAUGGCAGCAUCCUAUGCCAUUUCUUUUCCCCAUACCUCCCCUCUCCCCACUAAUUUGGUCUUUGGUGCAUGUCUGUUUCUUUCAGGGAAUUUUGCUCCAUACAUAAACUGUUUUGGGUAGAUUACUCUUCUUAAUUUUAUUAAAUCACUUUUGUUUCCAGCUUUUACUUGGCAGAAAUCUCCAUGGCUUUGGGGCAUUUACAUCAAAAGGGGAUCAUCUACAGAGACCUGAAGCCGGAGAAUAUCAUGCUUAAUCACCAAGGUCAUGUGAAACUAACAGACUUUGGACUAUGCAAAGAAUCUAUUCAUGAUGGAACAGUCACACACACAUUUUGCGGAACAAUAGAAUACAUGGCCCCUGAAAUCUUGAUGAGAAGUGGCCACAAUCGUGCUGUGGAUUGGUGGAGUUUGGGAGCAUUAAUGUAUGACAUGCUGACUGGAGCACCCCCUUUCACUGGAGAGAAUAGAAAGAAAACAAUUGACAAAAUCCUCAAAUGUAAACUCAAUCUGCCUCCCUACCUCACACAAGAAGCCAGAGAUCUGCUUAAAAAGCUGCUGAAAAGAAAUGCUGCUUCUCGUCUUGGAGCUGGUCCUGGGGAUGCUGGAGAAGUUCAGGCUCAUCCAUUCUUCAGACACAUUAACUGGGAAGAACUUCUGGCUCGGAAGGUAGAGCCUCCCUUUAAACCUCUGUUGCAAUCUGAAGAGGAUGUGAGUCAGUUUGAUUCAAAGUUUACACGUCAGACACCUGUUGACAGCCCAGAUGACUCAACUCUCAGUGAAAGUGCCAACCAGGUCUUUCUG